AUGCUAUAUAAACCACUUGAAGCCCAUUCAAGUUUACCAAAAGGGAGUCAGCACAUGUUGAACUCAAGCUCCGGACUAGACUAACUGAAAAAUAUAUUAAUCGAGAGGACAAAAAGACGACGAAAAAACCGUUGCGAAUCCGCGCCUACCUACCUGGCAAGUAAAUCUCAACCAUGGCCUCCGCCAAAUCCAUCCUCGACCAAAUCCUCCACCGCUACACCUUGCACCGGGACUCGCCUACUUCCUCCACAAAGGACAAACUCCACGGCGCCGCCUUCCUCGUCGUUGACAAAUCCGGCCCCAUCUACGCCGGCGCAGCCGGCCACACCUCCCUCCCCAUCAAUGCCUCGACCCCGGCCUUCUCAACCGACUCCUUCCUCUGGGUCGCCUCCCUCACCAAGCUCCUCACCACCAUUUGCCUGAUGCAACUCGUCCAGCAAGGCAAGCUUCAUCUGGACGAGGACGUCCGUGAAAAGUUGCCGGAAAUGACCAAAUGGGGAAUCUUGCGGGGUUUUGAGGAGGAACAUAAAGAGGGAAAAGCGAUACUGGAAGAGAUCACCAAGCCAAUCACUGCCCGCCAGUUACUUACGCACUCUGUCGGUUUAUCUUAUGACUUGGGCCAUCCGCUGCUGGAGCGGUGGGCGAAAGAAGUCGGCAAAAAGGGAAACACAAACUCGAUGACGGUGGAAGGGUGGACGACUCCCCUUUUGUUUCCUCCCGGCGAUGGGUGGGUAUACGGCACGGGAUUGGAUUGGGCAGGCGUUUUGUUGGAGCGGGUUUUGGCCUCCUCCUCCUCCUCCUCUUCCUCCUCCUCCUCCUCCUCCUCCUGUCCUAAAAAUGAAGAAGGUGAGAUGACAACGACGACGACGACGACGACGACGACGACGACGACGCUGGGACAGUACAUGCGCGAGAACAUCUUUGAGCCGUUGGGGAUGGAGUGCUCAACUCUGAAACCGGCUGCUGAACUCCUGGAAAACCCGGAAAAGAGGAUCAAAGACAAGUUGGUCCACAUGACGCUGAGGGAUGCAAAGACGGGCGAGCUGUCGCUGGGAGAAUUGCCAAUCUCAACAGCAUGGGAUCCCAAGGCGGAGAGCGGGGGUGCGGGGUUGUGGACUACGGCGGAGGAGUAUGGGAAGGUUUUGGCGGCGGUGUUGAGGGCUGCUUCGGGCUCAGAGGAGGAGGAGAAGGGGGAGAGGGAGGGGGAGCUGGGGCUCACGAAGGAGACGGUUGAUCAGAUGUUUAGUCCGCAGUUGAACGAGAAGGGCCUGGAAAUGAUCAAGGAGAUGGGGAGGGCGUUCCAUGCGGGCAUCAUGCCUGAGUUUCCGGAAGGGUUCGACGCGGUCGAUCAUGGCUUGGGCGGACUGCUGAAUAUGGAGGAUGUGGAGGGCAAGAGGAGGAAGGGAAGUAUGAUGUGGCAUGGAUACUGCAAUUCGCAUUGGUGGAUUGAUCGCGAAACGGGCAUUGGUGCAUGCCUCCUAGUUGAACAGUUUCCCUUUGCCGACCCGGUGGUCAUCCAGCUGUACAAUGACCUCGAGCGGGCCGUUUAUGGGGAGCUGGUCCCCGAGUGGAAGAAGGCGACGGCUGCUGUUGUCUAGUUGUCAUGCUAUCCAGAAAUUGGCCGUCUUCUGGCUAUAAGUUACAUCCACAGGGAACCCUGGGUUCCUGGGGAUAAAAUCAGGCGCUUGAGAGUCAAUAGUUGGAAAUGUCUCCAAAUAGGGUUCAAGGAAAAAUGUGACACCCUUUUUUCAAGGGCAAAAGAACUUUGGCCCCAAACACUCGCA